AUGUCCGCCUCAAUGCGCAACGCCAUCCAACGGCGUCCCCACCGUGAACGAGCCCAACCCCACGAACGCCGCCAUCUCGGCCUCCUCGAAAAGCACAAGGACUACUCCCUCCGAGCGCAAGACUACAACAAGAAAAAAGCCCACAUCAAAAACCUCCGCCAAAAAGCAGCCGACCGCAACGAAGAUGAAUUCUACUUCGGCAUGCACUCCCGAAAGGGCCCCGGAUCGGCGCUGGUACGCGGCAAAGGGUUCACGGGCAAAGUAGAAGGAGACAGGGGGAAUAAGGCGUUGGAUGUGGACGUGGUGCGGUUGCUGAAGACGCAGGACGUGGCGUACGUGAGGACCGUGGCGAAUGUGGUGAGGAAGGAGGUGGAGGAGUUGAGGAGGAGGGUGAGGGAGGAGAUUUUGAACGGUGGGGGAGAUGACGCGAGGAAGAACGAGAGGGACGAUGAGGAUGGAGAGGAUGAGGGCGAGGAUUUCGAUGACGAGGAGGAUGGUGGGGAGAUUGAGGCGAAGGACGAGAGCGAGCUGGAAAAACUGGAGAGAAAGUUGGCUAUGGCGGAGAAGAAGCUUAGGGUUUUGAGGCGUGCGGAGAAUCAUCUCGAGAUACAGCAGGCGAAGAUGGCGAAGACUGCGACGUCGGGAGGACAUACGAGGAAAGGGAAGAAGCUUGUCGUCCGCAAGCGGAAGAAGUAA